UUCUCGGCGGCGCACAAGAGCUACGUGCAGUCGCUGUACCGCCGCUACCUGCGCAACUCGCUCAACUGGUGCAUCCGCCGCGACAUCUGGCGCGACCGUGCCAUCGAGAUCCGCGCCGAGUUUGAGCGCCAGCGCAACAUCCGCAACCCGCGCGAGCUGGCGCGCGUGCUGGCGCAGGCCGAGGCACACCUCAAGGCCAACGCGCACCCGGACCCGUACAAGUCACCAAUGGGCGAGGACGGCACCAAGUGGUCACGUAACCUUCCGCCGCGCAUGUUCAGCCAGGAGGAGAAGGACGCGGCGCUG